AUGGAUGAUGAUAAACUCGCUGGCAACCUUUCUUAUCAUCCUGUUAAAAAUACAGAACAGCCUACAUUUGUUUCAAUUAAACCUCAAGGUUUAUAUGACAAUAAUGAUAAUCCGCUAAAUUUAAAAGAAUUGUUAAAAGCUAUCGAUUUAUAUGACACCUUUGAAAAGCUUAAUGAAGUUAUACCAAUGUUAUGGUAUCAGUUGAAGAAUUUAGAGUCUGUAGAAUUUCAAUAUCUUGACUUACAAAUUAAAUUGAAUGAGCAGACUGCUAUUUAUGAAAUUGGUGAUUUUAGUCUAGGUAUUUUAAUUCCAAAGUUUAUAAUUAAAAGAGAUGUUAUUGAAGCUACAAACGCAAUCAUAAAUUUAGAAUAUAAUGGUAUGCAAUGGUCAGGAAAUAUCCAGGGAAUGGUCGAGAUAACUGGAAAAGAUAGAAAGUAUAAUUGUCAGAUCAAAUAUAUGUUAUCAACAAAAGAGCAGCUUGGAAAUCUAUUAAUUAAAAACUUUAAUGAGGAUCUUAAUUUAAAAGAGACACUUCAAAUUUUUCGACUUGAAAGCAUUUUCGAAAUUCCUGUUUAUGGAAAACUUUUUGAACCUAUGAAGAUUUCAGAGAUUAAUAUUAAUCAAGUUAAUUCGGACCUUUCAGAUUUUAUUAUUCAAGAUUUGUCGUUUAUUCUUCAAGCGAAUAAACUUGAGCUAAAACCUUUAAUUAUCGAACAAGUGGAAGUGUGUAUUUCUUAUUUUCCUCCAGAAAAUAAUACGGAUUCAGCAACAUGGAAAUUCAGAAUUGAAGGAAAUAUCGAUACAAUGAUUGCAACAUUAAAUUAUAAUAAUGAAAAACGCAACAUUCAAGCCACUUUAGUUCCUGUUAAAAGUAAAAAAUUUAAAGAUAUUACAAAAUUGCUUAUAGAAACGCCUGAAUUUUCUGAUAAUUCAAUGUAUUAUGAAGUAUACGAUUCAGAAAUAACAAACGUUGAAUUGGAUAUUAAUAUUGGCGUGAAUAGUGUUUAUAUUGAAAGUUUUUCAACCAAAUUAGUAAAGGUAUUACCAUAUGACGAAUUCAUUCUUGACAAUUUAUCAUUUAAAUAUGAGGAAGUGAAAAAGAUGUAUAUAGGUAAUCAUAGUCCCAAUCAAGUAACUCCACCUCAUAGAAAACACAUAUUAGAAGCCAUAAUUUCUCGCAAGAAAGCUACUAAUGAUAUUAGUGCCAAAAUAGAAAUUGAUUGUUCUGAAAAUGUCGUAGAAGCUUCUAUUACUUCAUUUUCAAAUCCUUCAAUAUUAGACAUAUUAAAAUUUUUAAUAGGAUAUCAAUCAAAUUUACCCGAUUUAUUACCAAAGUUACCGGAAUUGCCAAAUUUUACUGAUAUUAAGUUGGAUCAAAAAUAUUCUGCAAAAAUUUUAAUCAAGCCGUUCAAAAUAAUUGGGUUCAAUAUUUCUGUAGAGGAUAAAGAAAUUAAUUAUAAACUCUUGAAAAAACCUUCAAUAACUUUACAACCUGUUGGAAUAUCAAUCAAUUACGCAUAUGAUAUUGACGGAAAAAAAGAAAAGCUUGAAGGAAAAGUAUACGGGACAUUCAUUUUGGAUGAUAUGAUAGAGCUCAAAUUAGAAUUUGCAAGCUCAAAAACUAAAGAUGAAGAUAUAGUCGUUGCAAGUAUAGAAUCUAAUGUAUGCAAAGAAGGUGCUAUUUAUAUUUCAAGUAUUGUUAAUACAUUGCUAGAUGAUAAUAAAGGAUGGUCGAGUAAAACUCCAAUAGAAAUGAGAUCGCCAAAAUUCAUUGUUAAAUCUCAAAAUACUUUGCAACUAGAUACAUUAUCCGAAUUAAUCUUGUCAACGAAGGAAAAAGCUUACCUUUAUAUUAACCUUUCCAACAAAUCUGUUGCACUAUAUGCAUCAAUCGAAUCAAUUGGUAAUGCUUUGCUUUUAGUCAAAAAGUUAAAUACAAAGACUUCGAUUGACAAUGAAUUUGGAUACAUAUUUGCCUUAAAAACAUCUAAUGAUUUUAAAACUGAAUAUUUAUUUAAAUCAUCAAACAUUGUGUCUAAUAUAGACGAGAUACUGCAUUUAGCACAAGCAAAUCUUGUGAUUGUGUCAUAUCAAGACGUAACAUUUGAGAAGGCUAAACAAGAAUUAAAUGCUAUAAUCAAAGAUCUCAAUGAUAUUUUAAAUUCGGAUAAUAAAAAUUCUAAAAUUAAAUUUGAGGAUAUUAUUUCAAUUAAUUUGCCAAAUAGAGAUGAUAUUUAUAGACAGACAUUAAUACAAGGUGCAAAUUUAUAUGCAACAUUAGAUUAUGGCAAGGAUCAAUCAGUUUUAUUAAAAAAUCUUUGUGCAACUACAAAUUUAGUUUCCAUUUCGCAAAAAAUAUUGGUUGAAUUAUCUUUAGGCACUAAAUUACUAUCUAAAAGUGAAUUUAAAGCAGGAAUCGAAAAUUUAAUACUUUAUGGUGGAUUGAAUUUCGAAGCAAUUUCAUUUUCCUAUAAGCCAAAAAGUAGUGAAUCGGAAUUAAUUAUUUCUGGAGAUUUGAAUUUUAAGACACUUCUUGGUACAGAAUUUAAUAUUAAGGGAAUGUUGGUUAUCAAUGAAGGAAGCUCAUCAUUUAAGGCGGAUUCAGAGUUAUUAAAAUUACAAUCUAUUGAAAACCCAUUUGGAAUGAGCGGAAUAUGUAUUAAAGGAAUAGAAUUUGACAUGAAUUUUGAUUAUAAAAACGAUUUUGUCAUAAUAGAACCUACUAAUAUGUCAUUUAAUAUGGCAUUUAAUAGAAAGUUACAAAAUAGUACGCAUUUAAAAGGCAAAGUCGGUUUUUAUUCAGGAAAUCAAAACAUAGAAACUAUUUUUGAGGGACAAAUUCUAUUUGUAAACGGGACACCAAAUGUUUGCAGUAUAAUCAUUGACAAAGAAAUCAAAAUUACACAUUUACUUGCUAAAAUACUUUCUGUAAAAUGGCCUACCGACUUUCCUGAUAUUAUUUUUAAUGAUGGAGAGAUUUAUUAUAUGCCCGCAUACCUUCCUAAAGAUGAAAUAAUAAUCGACAAAAAAGUUUAUAAUAAAGGAUAUAAUAUUAGAGGACAUAUAGAUUUCUUUGGAAUAGGAGAAAUUAAAAUAAAAGGAUCUUUGCUUGGAAUAGUUAAUCCAACAAUUAUGGGAUGCUGGUCAAAAGGAAAUAAAUUUAGUAUCAUUAAAUGGCCGAGCUUUUGUGAAUUAAUUUGGAAGACGGCAGAAUUUGCAAGUCUUAUUGAAGAAGCUUCAGUUGGUUUAUGUAAAGAAGCUAUUUCCGAUCUUAAAUUGAAUGAAAAUUUUGAGGGACAUUUCGAAAUUGAUUUAAAACAAAUUGAUACUCAAAGUGACAAUUUGGUUUCUUUUCUAAUUACGGGAAAAUAUUUAAUUAGAAUAAUAGAAGGAAGAGAAAAAUUAACAGAAAUUGUAGAAAUUGAUAUUCCGUCAUCAAUUCAGUUAGAUAUUAAAUAUCCAAUAUGUAAUGGCGACAUACCAAACUGUCUUUUAACGUGUUUUAAAGAUCAAAUACCAAAAAGCGCAGCAAAAUUUUUACAAAAUCUAUUAAAGGAUCCCAAAAAGUUUGCAAAGUUCUUAGAUGCUCUAGCAAUUUCUACUUUGGUUAACUUGAGCGAAGAUACUUUAAAGGUAUUCAUAUGUUUUGCUGGAGUUGAAAUAAAUAAAUUAGCAAAAGAUACAUUAGAUGCAAUGAAGAAAUGUGCCAAAAAUAUUUUAGAAAAUACGCAACCUAAAAAUAAGCCUAAAGAAAAUGACAUUUUAGCAAUUGAAGAGGCACAAUUGUUAACUAGUGCGAUAGAUUUGGCUAGUUCACUGCUUUUAAUAACUGGAGAGUGGUUUGGAUAUUUUAGUUCUGCUAUCAAUUUAUUAAAAAGUCUCUAUGAAAUCAUAGAAAAUAAUAUCAUUAUUAUUGGUAAAGAACAAAUAGAAAGAGAUAAAUCGAAAUUAUCAUUUGUGUUGAAAGAUGAUUUACUAAUGAGAUGUAAAAAAGUUUCGGUCAAAAUAGCGGCAGUGCUUCAAUAUAGUGAUCAAACCUACUUAGGAUCGCAAUCAAAAGAAGGAAUAGCCGAGCAUAAACCUAAAUCAAUCCUCUAA